AUCUCAUUCUUGUCCUGAACUUCUCGUGUCUUUAUUCGUAACAAUUUGAAUACAACACAAUACGACACAAGUUUUGUGUAUGACAUAAGGAGAGCUGACUCAUUAAAGGAAAUGGUUCUUUCUGUAGGUUUCCUGUGAUACACCACAUCUUCCUCUUUCACUUUGACCGAGCCGGCUUUUAAAGUGCUGAUCAGCUGCUGCUCAAACACACAGACGAGAUUCGUCGGCAGGCUGUAACGCAGUUCGUUAUCUCGGAACUUUGACAAGUGAGGGUUCAGCACAGCAACUAUAAAGCUGUUUAGACCGCUGCGCUCGGGUCAUAAUUUCUCCCGCCUGAAGCUGUGAUGGCUGCGAUGGUUGACGGUGUGUGCGUCACUGUGACUCUCCUCUUGUGUGUUCUUGGAGGCCAAGCACUGGACCUGCUGAGGGUGACUGCAACAUCAGGGGAUCCUCCCUCCACUCCCAUAGUCCAUUGUUGGUGUGCGAGCUACCCGAAUGUGACUUUUUGUUCCUGGCCUGAAGCCUCUCGAUCCCCACCAACACACUACGUUGCCAGUUACAGUGAGCGACACAGACAGCUGGUCACCAAGCCGUGCCAACUCAUCCAGCCCGGCUCUGCAUCCUCUGACCUGAUUUCAGCAUCGUCACCCUCAUCUGAGCGGCUCUGGCACUGCCACCUGCCCAACCUGAAGCUUCUCACUGACUACAUCAUCAAUGUCACAGCAUUUUCUUCUGGUGGAAGCAGAUCCUAUUUAUCAAGUUUCAUGUUGGAGGAUAUAGUGAAACCAAAUCCCCCCGUAGAUGUCCGGGUUUCCGCUCAUGACACCAGAAAGUUGUUGGUGGAAUGGUCUCAUCCCCCGACUUGGACUAACCUGGAUGUCUUCCCCCUAAAAUACCAGAUACUGUACCGGUGGGAAAACAGGGGCACCCCGAAGUCUGUCAAUCUGGGUCCAUUUGAGAGCACCAGGGUUGAACUGAAGGGGCUGACCGCAGGGAGGACCUACCUGUUCCAGGUGUGUGCUAAAGAUCUGCUGGGUCUGGGCGAGUGCAGUAGCUGGAGCUCACCUGUGAUAUACAUCAUACCAAGAAAAUCGUAGAGGCUCCCUCUCACUUCCUGAUUUAUUUAACCCGCUCCUUUCAAGCCAUGCACUGACGUAAACUGCAGAACCGCAAACAGGUUGCAUCUUUAACUGCAAAGCAAUGCAAGCAACAGUUAUUGGUAUUUUGUUUUAUUUAUAAAGGAGAAAAUGGAUAUUAUCUGUACAGUGUACAAUCAGCAUUCCCAUUGAAUAUUGUUUUGUAUUGUUUUGUGAUACUGUUGGUUUGAGUUGCUUGUCUUUGGAGCAAAUGAUAAUAUAGAAACCAUACUGUAAGACAUUGUGAUAGAUGGUCAAGGUGUCUGACCAGCAGUUCAUGACCCCUCUUUAAAGACACAUUUUACCAUAUUUUUCUCAUUGUGUGGCAUUUCUGUGAACAAUGUAAUAAAAACAAGGCUUUCGUAAAGAAUCUGCACACCUGUCAGUCAACGACAUGCACCACCAGUGGUGUGACAAACUCUGAGUGUCUGACACCCAGACUGAAGGACGGUGGU